GCCAUCUCGGCUUUGUUGUCUUGACCUUAUAGCGCAACACGAAGUGAACGUUUUGGGUGGAUUUUUCUUGGAGUGGGCGGGUUUCGGAGAGCUUUUGGGCUGGAAAUCAUCGACGCUAACAACAUUUCCGAUUUUGUCAGAGUCACGUGAUCCAGCUGAAGCGCCAAACUUUGAACGCGCGCGUUCACCGACUGUUCAUUCGGUAAAACAUGACGGAGCACAACAUACCUAUAAUCAUUUUGAGCGAUGAAGAUGAUGAUGAAGGUGACUUUUUGAGGACCCACAACGAUUCCUCUGUGCUGAUCGUUGAAAUUGAGAGGAACGAAGCAGAUGUAUCUAAACAUAUUGAAGAGUUGGAUGAAGACUUGGCCAUCACAUACUCCCAAACUGCAACAGUGCUUCCACACGCAAGAUAUGACUGCACCCUGGCAUUCUGUCGAGCAGAGCAGGACGUUUCAGGACCUCUACAAGAUAAUGCAAAGCACUGUGAUCAGUGUUUCUGCUAUAUCUGUGACAAACUGGCAUCCAUGUGCGAGCUCUGGACCAUCCCUGGGAUUUGCCACUGUAAUGCCCAUAAACACAGCGUCUACUGGAAAGCCCUCCGUGACAAGAGUCUGAUGGGAUUUCUGCAUGAGUUGAACUUCACCUUUGACCCACUGGAUAUGGAUUCAGACCUACGACGUGCAGAAACUUCACUGCAGAAAUUUGCUGGUAGUUUGGCAAUGAAGUAUGCAACUUUUUUGUUGGGGUUUGAGAGUCCCAACCAUUCAGCGAGCUGUCGGUGCACCUGUCACCGCAACAUUAACAGCAAUACACAGAGUCAAACCAUCGGAUGUAAAGGAUGCUAUAGACAUCACUUUAAGAUGCUGGAGUAUGAUUACACUGUUGUGAGUCAACAUAUCAAAAUGUUUUUGAAUGAAGCAAAGAAAGAGAAUCCAAAGGCUUGUGUUGUGAUGCUGCUAGGGGCUAUUAAGCUUUUCGUCCACCACACGACUCCUGGAAAUAUACAUGCUGCUAACACUGUAUCUGAAACCAUGUCAAUGCUCCUGUGGAGAUUUAUGACAAAGGUGUGGACGCUUUUAGUUGGCUUUGAUUUUUCUGGCUCUUUUAUAAAGCAGCUGGAGUCUUUCUACCAGAAGCUUCCUCUGCCUUCAAACUGCACAUUGCCAAAAAGUCUGAGUGUGCUACCUUGGGAUGAUCCCUUGCUCUCUGCUGUGAUGAAAGGUCAAAACAUCACUGGAGAGAGGCAGGGCAAAGGUCGAAGGCAUCAAGUCUUGUGUGAACCUCUGGUUGUGAUUCAAGCGAGAGUCUAUAAACUUCAACAGCAAAACAAGUACCGUGAGCUGACUCGCUAUCUCAAAGUUGUCAAAAGCAUCAAUAAUCCCAUGCUGCAGAGAAUGAAAGACUUGGUUCCCCUCUACCUGUGUAAGAUUGAAGGUUCAAAUUCAUUCAAGAUGAUGGAGGUACUGAAGUUUGCACUGAGGGUUCUGGACUGUAACAACAUUGUUUUUGCUGAUUCAGAAACGUGGGUGUAUCUGCUCAGCGUUGUCAGUUCCAGUUUUACUACUCCAGAUGGUGUUCCUGUUGGUGCAUUCUAUGCUGAGCCUGACGUCACCUAUCAAACGGUGACCAGAGAUGCUGCCAGUGCAAUUCUUGAGGAACUGACGACAACUUCCCAUAUACAUAUCCCCAAAACCUUUGAGAGUGGUUAUCCUGACCAGGCUAGACUGCUGUUGGCCACUCAGGCUUUGGUACUGCGCAUUUUCCACUCACAGCUCAAGCCCAUCCUCAGCGUCAUCAUGUCUUUCAGGUUCAACCGCUGGGCGCUCCGUUGGUUCUUCUACAGUCUGCUGGUGAGACAAGAUGUGCUGCACUACCUCCUUUGCUGUCUUCUGGAGGAACUGUCUGAUAAGCAAUACCAGCUCCUACAGAGAAAGUGGAGUGAAACCGAACAUUCCCUGGUUGCAUACUUCCUCUGCAUGUACUUCUGGGAAAACAGCGUGGUUCUGGACCUGAACACCUAUCCCACCAAUAGCUUGCUUGCCACUUGGAAUGAAUCGCACAACCCUUGGCAACUAAGCUUGAAACUGUAUCUUGAGUGCAACGUGGCCAAACUUACUCCAGAAAAACGUAAAAUCCUGCAUCUAAUCCAACAGCAAGGAAAAUAAGUCCAACAUCCUGUUUUAAAAACAAAUUGUUUUAAUGUACAUACAGAGUGGAUUUAAUGUUUUCAUAUAUUAUAAGUGGCAUGGCAGUUUAGAUUUUUUUUCCCCGCCGUUUGUCCAGGCUUUUGUUUUCCUUCGUCUGGGAAUUUACCAGUGUUUUGCAAUAUUAUGUGCAAUUACAGGACUAUGAUCAAAUCUGGUGGAUGUUAAAUACAAACGAUUAUAUUCCGCAACAGAACUCAACUUUUUGACCGUCAGCCGUGUUGUAAAUAAAUGACAGUUUCAAAUGCAACACUGAUAUAAAGCUGUUCAAUUUUGCUUUGUUGUAGAUCAUUUAAGGUUUUGAAGUAACAUUUCUCUGGAAUCUUUGCACAUGAGAUUAGACCACAAUAUUACUGUAAAUAUUCACUUCAACUUCCUUUGUCAACAAGAUAUCAAAGCAUGCGGAUAAUGUAAAUAUACUGUUAUUGCUGGGCAAAAGCAAAUUUUCAUUUGAAGGCAAUAAAAGCAAAGCAAAACUACUGUA